ACAAUGGUUGUCAGGGAGGGUGUCAUGAGAGAGCAGUGACCAAGUUUGUCUUGCCUCAGAGGAUGCAUAUUCUGCCCCACUCCCCAGACAUUACCUUCUCUUCUCCUUAACUUUGGGGGAGUCCUGAACACUCAGGAGUGUGGAGUUGAGUUCCUGUGUGCCAGAAAGAGGAAAGCUGAGAUGGAACGCCAGCUCCAGUCAAGUGUAAAGGCAGACAUCUGAGUAUAACCCCGGUCACAGAUGAGGAAGCUGCUGUAGGUCCUCCCCACCCGGCACCAUGAGAGAUGCCCUGUGCCUGCUCGUCUCUGCUGCAGCAGCACUGCUCUCCAUCUUCUUCUUCAUUAAAGAAAACCCUUUGGACACUACAAGUUUCCUGUCCUUGGAGGAAAAGGAGCUGGUGGCUUGGCAGAGAGCCCGGAUGCAGCUUAACCCUGGUCGAACACGCCACCUGCAAACCUUCAAAGAUAUGCAGAAAAACUCAGAACCAUUCAAAAACGUGAAUUCCUAUAUCUUGAUUGGAGCCCCUCCUAGGAAAAAAAAACUGCUGACCAUAGGGAUUUCCUCCGGGCAGCGUCCUGAAGGGAGCCACCUCGUGGACACCCUGCAGUCUCUCUUCUUUGCUUCCUCCUCAUCCGAGCGGAAACACUUCACCGUUCUGGUACACCUAGCAGGUCCUGACCCCAAAUGGCUUGUUCAGAUGAUCUACAACCUCUCAGCCAUGUUUCAACCACACAUACAGGCCAGAGAGCUGGUGGUGAUCACUACUCCUCUCACAAGCUAUCUUCCUUUGAAGGAUCUUAAAGUGACCUUUAAUGACCCUCCUGUCCACGCAGCCUUCCACUCCAGGCAAAACAUGGACUAUGCCUUCCUCAUGAACUUUGCCACCCAGCACUCUGACUAUUUCCUGGUGGUCGAAGAUGAUGUGAAAUGUGCCCCCGGAUUCGUCACGCAGAUAGCCACUGCAGUGUCAGCCUGGGCAAACAGACCCUGGGUGACCCUGGAGUUCUCCCCGCUGGGCCUCACCGGGAAACUCUUCCGUGCUGGAGACUUGCCCCGCUUGGUUCACUUCCUUCUCCUUUUCUACCGAGAAAUGCCCUGGGACUGCCUCCUCUCCCAUUUUCAGAACCUGCUGCAGCACACACCAAUCAGGUUCCUGCCCUCCCUCUUCCAGCAAGUGGGCAACUCCUCCUCCUUUGAGGAAGAGGACACUGGCUCUCCCAGCAACCCUGCUGCCUCCAUCCACACAAGCCUGAAGGUUGCCAAUGACUCUGCUCCCUCACACGCCUACAGCCUGGAUGAGAAUUUCUUUUACACCAAGUCGGCUGAGCCUGGCAGCCAUCUGACUGUGGUUUUGGAUGUACCUGCCCACGUGUCCCGAGUUCAGGUGCUGACGGGCUCUGACCCGAGAGGCUGGAAUCAGCUGGAAGAGGGACAAGUAGAACUGGGCUGUGACUCUACAAACAGGGUCAGUGACUGUGACGACUACACUCUGCUGGGGCUGCUGGUAAAUGGCGUCCUGAACAAGCAGGUGUUGUCUCCUACGUCUGGGAAGAAGGUGAAAUGUGUGAGGCUGCUUGUGACAGCCGCUGCUCCCUCUGGAAUAGUGGUCAGGCACAUCCACCUCUGGACCAAGUGAGGUUUAAGUGAUAAAUGGAGAAGCCACCAGGAGUUGUGGGAGUGGUCAGAUUGGAGGUUAGAGUCUACAGAGGAUAAACAAACAAAAGAUUAAAAUGUUGCACUUGGGUCCUUCAGGAUUGUUCGUUCAGAAGAGAUGCGUGUUGAAAGGCAGAGUGAAGGUCACGUGCUCUUGGUCCCAGAACCACUGGUGGACGAGGUGGGCUUGUUGAAUGCCUUCCUGGUUUACUCACCAGAAGGUCUACCAUUCGGAAUUCUUCCCUUGGAGCAGGAACACCAGACUCGCAGGAACAGGAGGAGCACGUGGGUAGGACUGAGUGAUGCUCAUAUCGCACGACGGGACGGGGUCUCUCCACCAGUAGAAAUGGACUCAUUAAAGGCGGGACUUCCUGUGUGGCAGGAAAGAAACACGA